AUGCGGAAAGUGAUAGUAGUUGAUGGAACAUUUUUGAAGAACAAAUACAAAGGAGUUCUACUAGUUGCUACAGUUGUAGCUGGUAACUCCAAUUUGUAUCCAAUCGCAUUUGGAAUUGCUGAUUCUGAGAAUAAUUAUAGACAUACAACGAUUGCUAAAUCAAUUGGAAACAUCUACCCAUUGGCUAAACAUGGUAUUUGCAUCCAUCACUUGCUUAGUAAUGUGAUAACAUAUAAUAAGAGAAGAGGUGUCGCUGGUAUGGUUGCAAAAGUGUCAAAAGCUUAUAUAGUUUCUGAGUUUAAGAAACAGGUUGGGCGAAUUAACAAUAUUAGUCCUACAAUUGCAAGUUAUCUAGAGGAUGCCGAUGUGAGAAAAUGGGCUCGCUGUCAUUUUCUGGGUUAUAGAUAUGACAUUAACACCAACAAUGCGGCUGAAUCAAUCAAUGCAGCUUUGAGAUCACCCAGAGAGUAUCCAAUAAUUCCUUUGUUAGACAGCAUCAGAGAAAUGUUGACACGCUGGUUUUAUGAGAGUAGAAAGUUAAGUGCAAUGAAUAAAUAUCCUUUAACUGUUGAGGUGGAGAAAAAUAUUUCAAGAAUAAUUGAGAAAGGUAAAUUCAUGAACGGUUAUCCGAUUAUUAGAUACAUAUUGCAGUUCAGCAUAGGAAAAAUCCCUUGUAGACAUGCUAUAAAAGGAGCUUUUGAUUUAGGCAAGGAUCUAUAUCCUUACGCUGAUGAUGUAUAUACGGCUACCGCAUGGAGAUCGCAAUAUGAGGAAACUAUUAAUCCAAUAGGUGUUCCUGAAGAAGAAUGGCGAGUCCCAAAACAUGUUGAAGAUGCAAAAGUUCGACCACCUGAAACAAGAAGACAUCCUGGUAGGCGAAGUGAAACUGACUAUUUUUGUGGUGUGGUGGUUGAAUGA